AUGCUAUCCGCUGGCUCUCCCACGGGUGAAAUCUAUAUUGUCGAGAGCUUGGUCUCUUUCACCUCGUCUCUGGGUAAUCUAAUUGCGGAAAUAGAAGUUGAAAAUCGCCGUGUCCUUAAGAGAACGCUCCAACUCUCAGCAAAGUUCCUUGCGGCAUCGGAAUGCCUCGGGUCCGACAUGGCUGUGAUAUCAGAACCCAUUAUGCAGAAACUAUCUGGGGAACUUCUCCAGGAACUCUCGUGGAUCGUUACCUGGCCGGCAUACUCAAAGGGACUAGGGCUGGAGGCACGAGACCCGCUUAGGACCGUGCAAAUUGUUAAAUCAAGCCUCGAAAAUAAUGUCAAAGCAACAACCGCGAGCUUUCUAGCAAACGCACCAGAUUUUUUGAUUGAAGCCACUAUCACCACCUGCCAGUCGAUCAUCACCAAGCUCACUGCAAAUACAGAGACGGCGUUCCAGAUCGAUGAGGACGAAAUAUCACAGAAGGAAGUUGAAAAUCUCCUGACAGCUAUCUGGAAUUAUUCUGCCUGCGAUUCUUGUGAAGAAAACACAACCCACAGGAGGCAUAAUACUGGGUUUCAUCCAACCAGGCUCUAUCUGGGCAGACCUCAGCAGACUCGAGAUGCUAGCGCUCUCUUUGAUCUUUUUAUCUCUUUGCCCUCACUUGGGUAUUGGCAAGAGAUUGGCUUCAUUUCGCCACAGAAAAAGGUCAAGUUUGCCGGUGAGGUUCAGACUUCACCUUCUGGAAAGGUGGAAGUAUCCGGUUUCUGUAAAAUAUUAAGCAUAAGAAAUAAUGCCCGGAUCUUCCUAGAGUUUGGAGAUCAACGACUAUUCAAGUAUGAGGAUGUCUACGCGUUACAUCACGAAGCCAUACCCGGUCUUGGGUUACCCCUACUGCGUGUCCUUCAAGAGUAUCGUCUCAACAUACCUGAAAAGAUCGUGCUAUCUCACGCUAUAGCACAAGGAUUCUGGCAGCUUUAUGAUUCAAAGAUGAUGCUGGCGAAGUGGUCAAGUGGCAACAUCUGGUUCAUGCCAAACACCAGUGACCCGAACGCACCGCUACCAUGCAAAGCAUACAUCUCUUUUCCCUUUGAACAUACUGAAUACGAGCUAGAGGAGUAUACAACCACCGACCUGAUACACAAAUGUCCCAGAAUAUUCUCGCUGGCAAUCUUGCUACUCGAAAUUAGCCUCGGUAGGCCCAUUCAGACGUCGCAGAUCAAGCGGCACGAAAGCGACUUUACCGGUGGGAUGAACAAGGACUUCUUGACCGCCUCGAAGCUGUUCACAGAACUGAAGGGACAAUCCUGGGAUGGCCACGUGAGCAAGCAUAUACUCGACCAGGCUAUCGAUGCGUGCAUGACUGGCAGGAACUUUGCGCUAAGUCCACGAGAUCCUUGCUUUCCCAUGGGGCUUUCCGAAAGACGAGAGGUCUUUUAUGAAAAGGUGGUAAAACCCCUUCAGUGGCUAGCGGGUCCGCUUUCCGACGGGGAAACUGUCUGCUUCCAAAAAAAGAAUAGCCCUGAAUCAUCCGAUAGCUCGAUUUACACAACCUCGGUACAGAUUGGCGAACUAGAUCCAUCUACAUUUACCUCCUUCCAUAGCGGGAGGAUCGUUAGCCCAGAAGAAUGGCUGGAUGAUCUGAAAAGGAUCGGUCGUUAUGUCCACGAGUUAAAUCAGCGACAUUCAGUCAAUGUUGAGGUUAGACCAAUCCGCGUGGCAAUCUUGGAUUCUGGAUGCAGCCUCGCGGCGCCGUACUUUCAAGAUGGAUCUCCAGCACGGGCAGAUCGUAUCAAAGCAUACAAGGAUUUCGUCGACCAAUCUAAAGAGAAGAAAGACUCAUUCGGUCAUGGGACUUUCAUGACUGCACUUGUGAUAGAAGCUGCGCCGUCUGCAGAGUUGUAUGUGGCAAGAGUGGCGGAGAAUACGGCAGAACUUGACGGCAGCGAAGGAAAAAUUGGCGAGGCAAUCGUAUGGGCCGGCAUCAAACAUGAGGCUGAUAUAAUAUCGAUGUCCUUCGGUGUCUCUGACAACAAUGAUGACAUCAAAAAUGCCAUCUUGACAGUCCGAGCCAAGCGAGAGGACCGCAUAAUCUUUCUUGCCAGCGCUGGUAACUCCGGCCCUCACCAAGACACGGCCUUCCCAGCAAGCCGCAGGGACGUGAUAUCUAUCCGAUCUACCAAUUACAUGGGUGCAUGCAGCGACACGAACCCUGCCUCUGAUUUGCGCGGCCCGGCACCAUUAUUCGCCACGUUCGGCGACAAUAUUCCCCACCGACUUCGGGGAUACAAGCCCGACGUCUGUGGCCCAGGAUCUUCGGUUUCCACGGCGGUGGCAGCGGGAAUUGCGGCCAGCAUUUUAUCGUACUAUGAUUGUCUUCAGCUAAUGCAACCUGUCUUACUGAAGGAUAAAACCCUUAAAAAAUUACGGACGGUCGAAGGUAUGGAGGAACUAUUCUACGCUAUGUCGACGGACACGGGCAAUCGGAUACGGUUUAUCAAUCCGGUCAAAUUCUUUGUCAAACGGCCAGAUAAUUUACGAAGACUUUGUGCGCUCGUGGAC